AUAGAUUGUAUAAACCAUCAUGUUAACUAUUUAAAUUGUUUUAUAAUUAACAAAAUAAUCAAGACAAUAAAAAUAUCAAGAUAUUUACUGAUUGUCAUGGUGGAAAUUGUUAUUGAUCAUAGAAAACGUUUUAAAGAAAUAAGAUCUCAUGUUUACAAUCACAAAAUUGUCCGGUUUAAUUCACGAUCAGGAAAUAAUUCAUUGAAUCAAUUUACAAUAAAUAAAGAUCCUAUAGAGGAGAAAUCUAAUGAAUCAACUGCAUACAAUCAAUACUGGUCAACAAAUGAUUUACUGUCUUAUGAAUGUGACAGUAAUGAUAAUGAAAAAUGGCUCCAUUCAAAUGAAACUGAAUAUCAUAGAGCUAACCUUGAUGAUAGAUUAGGUGUUAAUUUUAAUUCUGGAAUAUUUGAUUGGUCUCAAAGUGAAUCUUGGUUAAUUGUUCAAAAUGCUAUAAUAAACAUCAUUCUUUGUAAACCAAAUCUAGAUAUCAGUGAAGCUGUCAGAAAUAUGAGACAACUGGUAAACUCUGGAAUUGAAACAGCUACUAUUAUUGAAUAUUGUGAUAAAAAGGUGUUACGUAACACUAUGCGUACUCUUCGCAGACCGUUGGAAAAGUUAAAUGGUAAUGAGUUGAUCAGUGAACUAAUAAGAAUUUGGAAAUAUUAUAUAAACUAUAGUUAUCCUAUUAUUUUAUUAAUAUUCACUACAGUGUCAGUUCCACAAAAAACAAUUGAAUACAUGUUAGGAACAUCCUUUUUAAACUAUAUACUUCAGAGGAUGAAAAUUGAAGACAUUAUCAAGAAACAGAAUAACAAAAUUAAUUCGCAUGUUCGACACAUGUACUACACGAUAAUAGUAAGUGUUUUACCAAAGAGAUUAAAUAAAUUGUUUCAUGAAUAUUUUUCCGAUGGGGUUUUGUUCCCUGAGCUGGUUGGCGAUUCAAAUGCCUAAACAGUGAAACAUUUUUCUCCAAGAUGAAGAAAAAAAGAAAACGUUAUGUAAUCAAACAACAAUAACUCACCGAUAAAGUUAUAUGAAGAUAGUGUUUGUUUGUAACUUGACUGAAGAUUAAAAAAAAAUUGAAGUACCAAAUUUUAAUUCAGAUGCUUCAACGUAUCAUCCUUGUAACAAGUUCUCACGAUGUAACAACCAGAUGAUAUGUGAAGUUUUGAGCGGAUACUAUUAAGGCGUCUCAAACUUGGAUAAAACUAUAGCAACUCAUGUGCAAUUGAGUUUGUUCUCGCUUAACUCAGUUAAGCCCUUUUGUUAACUUAUUUAGCGGACAAAGUCAUCCGUACUAUAACAACUUAUUGUACCUUUAUUUUUGUUGUGAUUGUAUGAAAUAUGUAUGCUUGAACGUUGCUUACCACCUAUGCAUAUAUUCAUUCUGCUAGCUUUAUUAUUAGUUGCUUAAUUGAUUCGAUGAUCCAUUCAUUUCCCUAUAUAUAUAUUUAACACUUUACUCACUCUCGGUUCUCUGGCCUAUUCAUGUGCCUCUUGGCUUUGCGGUCUGAGUUAUGUGCUAAUAAAACUGUAGUCGCUGCUUCUCUUUGCCUUCCGAUUCCAAACACUGUUAUGGAUUAUAUGGUAACGGUUACGAGGGUGAUUGAUCAACGAAGCACAGCCACUACAAAACAGCUAUUCAGUGUUUUCUUUAUUUCUUAGUAAUAAUACAGUCGAGGUCAAAUUAUACUCAGUAUAGUUGUUAUAAUCUCUUUCUUACGGUAUGACAAAGCUAUUCCUAUUGCUUAAUAAUCUUGGACACCAAAUCACUCGACAAGUCCUCAAAUUAGAACACGGUUGAACAGGAAAGAGAUUAUAUUCCAAAUAACAAGAUUAGAUGGAAGCAAGAAGCACAAUAGGGAAAACGUUAGUAUAUUUAUAGUUUUUACAUGAGAAGAAUCCAGAGUAUUCUCCAACUGUCGACUAGUGCUGAUUGGAUAAUAAUUAGCCAAUCAGCGUGCACCAAAGCAAUCGUGCAUUGAGUAUGCUUUAAUCCAGUCUAUGUCCCGCUAACACCUCCCCUUUGAGCAGAUUCGUAGGCUCUGGGGCUAAAGUCCAACUGCAACCGAGUGACUGGCCUGUGCUUUCGAUUAGUCCAUCGUCUAGGCAAUAGAGAAGUAUCACUUUUCUUGAACAGAAACUGAAGUGUCUGUUCCCGGCAUUUCGAUUUCAAAGGUGUCUAGCAGAACAUCAAGAGGUAAUCAAUAUUGAAUCUUGUUGCUGGCUAUCGAAGUUGCUUUCAAUUGGUUAGCAUGACGUACCCAAACUUCUGAGCCAACUGACACCUCGUAAACCACACUCCCCUUCUUUUUCAAGAUCCGACCAGCUGUCCAUGUGGGAUGUUUCCCACGAUAGUCCAUAGCAAGUACUUUUUCUCCCACCGUAAACAAUCGUCUUUGUGCCCCAUGAUGUCGAUUCAACUGAUUCGCCAUCGAUAGGUUUCGUUGGGGUUCAAGAGCUGGCGUAGGACCGACGACAUCGAAAUGUGUUCGUAUCUUUCUGCCAAGUAGAGCUUCUGCCGGAGAGACGCCGUUAAUCGUCUGAGGGUUCGGUGUAGAGCAAUAAAUAAGCAGGAACCUCUCUAAGAUCUCUUCAGUGUUCCCUUCCCCCUUUAGAUUUUUUAGUGCAUUUUUAAAUGUGCUCACAAAGCGUUCCACUUAGACAUUUGAUUGGGGAUGGAAUGGAGGUGUUUGGAGGUGCUGGAUUCCGUUCUGCCGACAAAAUUGUGAGAAGAUUUUGGACGUAAACUGUGUUCCGUUGUCACUAACUAUCGAUUCCGGGAUUCCGAAACGACUGAAUAGUUGACGUAGUUAACUGACUGUGCAGCUUGCAGUCGGGUGUUCCAUGAAAAACAUUUCUGGCCACUUGCUAUAUGCAUCAACCAUCAAAAGGUAAGUUCGUCCAUAAAGUGGACCAGCAAAGUCCAAAUAUAUACGCUGCCACGGUGACUAUGGUAUUGGCCAUGAUUGCAGCUCAGCUUUUCACGGUGCUUUCGUUGCUAAUGCACAUUUGGUACACGAACGGGAUAUCUACUCCAGUUGGGUGUCCAAAUGCGGCCAGUAUACAUAACUUCGUGCUAGUGCUUUCAUGCGAUUUAUUACAGGAUGUCACGCAUGCAACUGUUCAAGCACUGCUGGUUAUAGCUUCUUGGAGAUUAUGACAUGUUCGGCAAACAGCAGGCAUAAAAACUUUGAACUAGUUAAAACAAAUUAAAUAAACUAGGAUAGUAAACUAAGUCACAGCCAUUAUAAGCAAAUAUGGCUGGUGGUUAGCACUGGAAUUCAGGGCACGCGUUUCGCCCUAUUUUGGACUCGUCAGUUGGAUGUGCCUGCAUCUCAGAGUUCAUGUUCACAACUGGACUCGCUUCAAAUGUCAUCACGUUAUCCACUUAGCUACUUAGUCCUGAUAGUCAUUAUCUUAUGCAAUGAGGUGAAGUUUUAAUCCAUUUUGUAUUUUUUGUUUUAAUCAUCCCACUAAUCUUUGGGUCUGCGAUUGAUCAGUCUCUCUCUCUCUCUCGAUAUAUAUAUACUAUUCGGUAUUGUGUUCGUAGUGUACCUUUGAAUAUUUCACUAGACAGGUAGCAUUCAUUACGUCAUAUGAAUGAUUGAUGGUUUAUCUUUAUUAUAAUCAGUUUUAAGAUUCAUGAGGGACUAAAUCUUCAAUCGGAUACGGGAACAAUAUACACUAUACUUUAUCAUCAGGUUUGCUGAUGAAGCACACACAUUCUGACUAUUCUGAAUUAUCUGUUCUUAGGUUCGCCUAGCUGUUACUUCAUUCAUUAGGUUGGUCAUUUGAAAUAUGCAUCUUUAUAAAUUCAUGAAAAUGACUAGAUUCAAUGUUACAUGGUUCAUAAUGAUAGGAUCUACAUAGUCAUAAAGCUUUGAGGCGUAAUAAAAAUGGGAGCUUUCUGAUCUAGAUCAAUACCUUAAGACUAACUUCUACACAUCCUUAUUAAUUAUCACUCAAUAUGAUAGAUAGUCAUCUAUCUACUGUGAAUUUAGUCAUUCAUAUAUCCCUUAUUAAUUCAUUACAGUUGACUUAUUCAAAUAGUAAUAUUCAUAUCUUAUCAUAUUUUUUAUCCAAGUGUGAGACUCUUCAACAGUGCGCAUCCACCACCCCUCCCCCCGCGAGAUUCGAACCAAGGACCUACCAGUCUCGCGCGCGAGAGCUUAACGAUUAAACCACUGAGCCGACAUCCAACGGUGUUAAUGUCUAACAUGUCUAUCGCGGAUGCUCACUGCCGAGGAGUCCCAUACUAGGACGAAACGACCUUCUAGUGCUUUCAGGUUUUCCAUAUUGGUCUAGUUUCAAUUGUCUCAUUAUUUCAACCAUUGAAAUUACUAAAAAUCUCAACAAAACCUCUUCGGAUAAUCUUUUUUUAUUCAUAAAAAUAAAUGAUUGAAUACAAAUUUUUCAUCUUUUAGACUUUUUGUUUAGACAAACUUUCAGCUGACAAAAUUCAACAUUAUAAUCAAUUAUUUAUGAAGUAUAUUUAACCUGGAAUGAAAUUUAUAGAAAAUCAAUAAAACUGAACAUAAUUAUCUUUAAUUUGUUGCUAAGUUAAAUUUUAAUGUUACUAAUAAAAAUCAUUUUAUUUUAUAAAAACAAAAAAAAAAUACAAAACAAUAACCGUAUGAUGAGAAUGUAUCCAAGCUACCACUAAUGGAUUUUAUCACUCUACAGAGAUUAUUAAACAUUCAAAAUUAUAUGAGAUAUUAUUCUAUAUUCGUUUGAUAUUGAUGUGAACAGAGAAACAAAAUGCUUUGACAAAUUACGGAAGCUAUUUUUUUGGGGAGUGAGGGCGGUACGUUAUUUCAUUCAAUUCAAAGCUUGUAAAACAAUGACAUUGAAUUUUGUCUUUAGUCUAUUCUACAUAAAAUAAGCUUCCGUUUGAUGUAUGAUUCAUUGUCAUAGCUCGUUUUGUUCCAAAGCUAUUGUAAUUUAAACAUAGUAUUUUGUACCCUAUUUUCUAUUCUAAUCCCCAGUUUCGGACAUAAUUGUAUUUUCCUAAUUAUUGU